AUGUCCUCUCCAAAAGUUUCAAACUUCCCGCCGAGAAAAUACGCAUCUUCUUGCAAAAUCCCUUCCAUCCCUCUCUUUCUCCAUCUCUCACGCAGUAACAACACCAGCUUUCAAGACCAGGAGCCAUGGGAAACCGCGAUUUUGUGUGACCCAAAGUAUGCUAAAGAAUCAGAAACCUCUUUACCAGUGCAAGACGAAAGUAACAGAGAGCGGUCUGUUAAGAUCAAUAAAUCUGUGGAAUCAAAGAGUUUGAAUGAUUAUUGGAUCGAUUGGGUUUCGAAGAAUGUCGAGUUGGGGGUUCCUGAAUCGAAAUUGUUUCUCCCGUUUCUUGUCAGCGCACCAAAACUGGCUGAAUGUCGUACCUGUGAGAAUGUAAUCUACCCAGGGGAAGAGGUAUCGUGCGUUGUUCGUGAUUGUAAAGCUUCAUAUCACCUGACAUGUGUACAAAACUGGCUUGGAUUAUCGCCAUCAUCAAAACCAUUCAAAUGUCCUCAACAUGCAUGUUUUCUAUGCAAAAAGAAAAUCCAUCUAUGGCGAUGUUCAAGAUGCCAUAUAGCAUCACACGACAAAUGUGCACCAUUUUCAGAUCAUCUGUUGCAUUCUAAAGACAACCAAAAAAUCUGUUGGAGACAUUAUUGGCCACCAUUAAAGCCUGCAGUUCCCACUAACAGCAUAGAGGAACUUUUUUGUCGUUUACCUUUACCAUAUACAGUGGAUGAAUUCAAAAUCGAUCUCUUGUUGAAAGACACAAUGGAGAACAAACUGGAGCCACCUCCAUAUGUUCAUAUCAGACGAAAUAUAUAUCUUGUAAAGAAAAAACGUGAUGACACAAAUACAAAUACUGGAUGCACUGAUUGUAGUUCUAGCACUUGUUCUGAAGAUUGUGUAUGCAGGCUACAAUGUAUAAGCUGUUCAAAGGCAUGUAAAUGUUCAGAAAGGUGUACAAACAAGCCCUUCCGAAAAGACAAAAAGAUCAAAAUUGUUUUGACUGAAAGAUGUGGUUGGGGAGUUGAGGCUGUUGAGCCUAUAAAAAAAGGCGAAUUCAUUAUAGAAUAUGUAGGAGAAGUUAUUAGUGAUGCGUUGUGUGAACAAAGGCUUUGGGACAUGAAGCACAAGGGGAUUAAGAAUUUUUAUAUGUGUGAAAUUCGAAAAGAUUUUACAAUCGAUGCUACUUUUAAAGGAAAUGCUUCUCGUUUUCUAAAUCAUAGUUGUGGUCCUAAUUGUGAUCUUGAAAAAUGGGAUGUUGAUGGGGAGACUCGUGUUGGUGUUUUUGCUGCUAGAUCUAUCAAAGCCGGGGAGCCUUUGACUUAUGUUAGUUAUUUUAUUGGGUUUUGUUUGUGUUUUUCUUAUUGA